AUAAUUUCUUCAAAAAUCAUCGUUAGCAUCGAAAUCUUCACCGUCAACACAGCAGCUAUAUCAAAUUUGAUGAGGAGGGCGAAAAACCAGCCAUUCAUAGAUUUUACGUCACCGCUUUGUUCGUCGGAGCGGAGUAUAUAAUUGCAGUAAGAAAGAGGAUACGGAAAGAGGUUCAAAAGAUCAAAGCAAUCGCCCCCACAAUGAUCGAUAGCAGAGAAAAAAGUCAUGGCCUGUCCUUUCGAGCUGAGCGUCUAGAUGUCAUGAACGAGACUGAGUGUCUGGCUGCUGCAAAAUUAAUAGCGGAAGCCAUGUGCUUCGAUUCGGCUUGGGCAUACAUUUUUGGUAAGGGAAACACUGAAGCUUUAGAAUGGCUAAUUUAUCGCAAUCUUUGGGUGCACAAAGGCGAGACUAUUGUUUAUCGGUCAACAGCACGCAAAUCGAAGGAAGCGAAGAACGAAAUCAUCGGCACGUGUACCAUAUCGCCACCUGCCAAAAAAAUGGCUUCAACAUGGGAAAAGAUAAAGCUAGGACUGUUCAAGCUCCCGUUCUUGUUUGGCUUUGAUUCUUUGCAUCGGUUGAUGGAGGUAGAUUCUUUUUUCCAAAAACAUUCCGUAUAUGCCCGCAAUCAGCAAACCGCAAAUCUACCCAUGUAUAAUCUUCACAUGAUGGCCGUGCGAAAAGAACUUCGAGGGAAAGGGUAUGGAUCAAAAAUUAUCAAGGACUGUCUGGAGCACCAAUGCGGUGAUGGCUUGCCGGGGAGGAACUUUAGCGUUGCCCUCAAUACCCAGACUGAUAGGAAUGUCGUAUUCUAUCAGAGGCUGGGUUUUACCAUCCUGCAAUCCAACAUCUUCUGUGGGGGCCCUGCAGAAGGAGGAUUUCGAUCAACAAUUAUGGAGUAUAAGCCUUCCUAG